AUGCAAGACUCGCGACAUAUCGACCUACUGCCGUGUUGGCACGUCUCUAAAAUCUAUGAUACAAAGGACCGGCCUUCAACUCGCUACAUAUUCAACAAGUUUCAAAAAUACAAACACUCCAAGGCCAUCAGCACCAGAACACCACCAACACUUCUCGUCUUCAUCCUCCCAAGUACCACAGACCCCGCCGCUCCCGACGUCGCGCCGAAAGCAGUAACAUGCCCGGCACCACCCUGGUCUACCGCCAAACCCCCUGUUGUGGCCGUAGACACGACGGAAAUUAUCGUCGUCAUGAGCGGACCUCCUACCUGUGUCUGCUCCGCUGUGCCUGAAACAGAGGCUCUGGAGGACGUCUCUGUCGCUGUGACGCUAGCAGAUGAGCUCCUGGACGUGGUUAGCGAAGGGAACGUCAGGAUGCUUUCAGAUGAUGACGACGACGACACUGGUGGCGGGGCGAGUGUGGUAGAGCUGCACGCAGGCAAACCCGGGACAGUAACCGUGGCGAUCUGGGUGAAUGAACACUGGGAGUUGUACCCUGGAUGGCGGCGUCACGAAGAGAGCUCAGGUCGGUCAUUCGAACUCGACUUAGGAUGGAGGGUGCGGUACUCGCCUUCAGCGACCUUCGCAAGGUCCAACGCUGCCCCCGGCGACGCAGCCACCAAACAAUUGACGCAGGCUUGCAGCGGGUCCUCUAUUUUCUUCGUGCAUAGACAAGCCAGGGUCUCACACAUCUUCAAGUUGAUGGGGUUCAGCAGACCGGUCCGAAGCGGAUUCAUGAAGGUCGGCGUACCUGGGCUCCUUGCAAGAACGUCUGGCAGAUGUUCACGCACUACAGCACGUCAUCUUGAAGUCAGAACUCGACAAGACUGCAGGCGUGGAGCCUCACUGUGUCGCCCGAGCCGCCUUCAGCCAAGAACGGCGAGAUUAAUUCGCUGA